AUGGACCCCGAGCUCCGGAUCCGCAAGCGCGUCCCCAAGGCCUGUCGACGCUGCCACCGCCGCAAGCAAAAAUGCGAUCUGAAAGUCCCCACAUGUUCGAACUGCGAGUCCGCCAAUCAACCCUGUUCCCGCGCCGAAUGUGCGCCGUCGUGGCACCAUGGUAUGUCCAAGGGCGCCCUGGCCCAUCGAAUUGAGAUCCUCGAGUCGCGAUUAGCGACAGCCUUGCAGGGCAGCAUAUCUCAUCCAGUUGAAGUCUCGGAAGACGUGUCCGUACCAAUACGAGCUGCAUGUCACACGUCCCAAAAUCGCAACUGUGAUGGGGUAGUGCGCUUCCUCACGCUGGGUAGUGAAGGAUGCGGAGAGCAGACGUACCUGGGGCCGUCGUCAGGUUUGGCGAUUGCUGAUGCUGUCGGCACGAAGCUGUUACCGGUCAAUUCGAAUAAUCAGUAUCCGAAACCGGAUUUGGCUAUUCAGGAGAAGACCGAUAUCAAAGCUGCGCCGCCGGAUGAUACGAACGGGGCACAGAUACUAGAUACAUAUUUUACGCAUAUGCAUGCUCGCCUUCCAUUUCUAGAUCGCGGGAAGAUCAUCGAAUUGCAUGCGAAGCGAUACCACCGACCUGGAUCGACACCAGAAGAUCAAUUCGACAAAUUUAAACUGUUCAUGGUUUAUGCAAUUGGUGCUGAGAUUCUACAAAUGACGGAAAAGUAUGACUCGACACCUCCAAAUGACUUCUUGUUAACAGCACUCCAAUUCGAUCCAACUCUACGCGAGUCCCUCUCGGUCGCAUCCAUCGAAGCCAUGAUGCUCCUAGUCAUCUACAAUCUACGCUCCUCUUCAAAUUCAAGCGUGUGGUACAUGAUUGGACUUGCAAUGAGGACCUGCAUCGAUUUUGGUUUCCACAGGGAAGCACGCUAUCGGAAACUACGACCGUACGAAGCCGAGGUACAACGACGGUUAUUUUGGUCGGUUUAUAUCAUUGAAAGGUACACUGCAUGGUCACUGGGUCGGCCAUUCAGCAUUGCCGAAGAGGAAAUUGACACCCAGCCGCCUUUCAAUCUGGAUGACUCGAUAACAGACGACACCAUCGUCGAGAGAUUGACCCGCGGCGAUCCCGAUGCCGAACAAUCGAAAGGAACAAUGGGCAGAUUCGUGGCAUCGGUUAAGCUGCAGAGAAUCGUGUCACAGAUCCACACCCGAAUAUAUCGUGUGGACAAGCAUAUCUCGACGCUAAUGCCAGAAAUUGCUCCACUCAUGAUAUCCCUUAACGCUUUCAAGGAGACAUUGCCUUCACUUGACCUCGAAGAUGGCGACUUUGUCCAUAUGCACUGGAACAAUUCCAUCCGCAUGCUCCUGCAGCCAUUCCUGAGCAUCCUCAGCCCGCAAGAUAAACUCAUCAGCACUUGUAUGGCAUCAUCUGGCAAAAUGUGUCAGUUCUUCAAGAAGUUGCGGCAGCGGGACUUUUGCGGAUACUCGUUUCUGCUGGUGAACUCGGUGUUCAUGGCUGGACUUACAAUGUGCUUUUGCCUUUUCCGAUCACCCGCCCUCUGGACCCCUACGGUAUCAAACGACCUCCGUGCCUGUUCCUCCGCACUCUUCGUCAUGGCCGAACGAAACACCAGAUUAAAGAAACACCGCGAUGGACUGGAAACAAUUAUCAACCGAGCGAUGGAACACGUGCAGGAAGCUUCUGAGACAGCGCACAACAACUCAGUCGUGGUUCAUAACUCGGGAUCCCCGCAAAACGAGCCUCCUAUGCAUAUGGAUACCUCGACCGAUUUCCCACCUGCUCUUGAAUCAUUUAUGCAGCAAACACAUUCUGGCCCUCCAUUUGACACGAGUCCGCAGGUAUUCGAUCCCCAAAAUGGUGGGAGUUUCCCGAAUCUCAAUGAUUUCCCAUUCGAUCUUCAGGAUGACAUUCUUGGGGAGGAUGGGGAUUCAGCCAAUCCCUUUCAUGGGGUCUUUACUGAGGAGUUUUGGGCUGCGGAUGCCUUUAACUUGCCCAUUCUGGAUGGGUUUGUUUGGAGGAUAUAG